AUGCAUUGCCCCAUCGACGACGAGGGUCACUACAUCAAGAUUCAUACAAUCAUCGCAUCUGGUGAGGCAACAGUUGUUGUCCAACGGGGUGAUGUGGCAAUUAAAAUGGCAAUCGUGUAUAAGAAUUACACGUUGGAGAGAGUGGAAGACAACCGUGAAAGGAUUCGGCGAGAGCAAGAGGUCUGGCGGCGCAUUCAGCCCGACUUCGAUCUCCCAGUGGAAGGCAUCGUCCCUUGUCUCGACCUUCCUGGAGAUACAAUCGAGAUGAGAUACAUGUCCGGAGGUACGCUUGCAAAUCGACUGAAACACAGAGCACCACCCAGCAUCGAGCUUCAGAAGCGCUGGUUUCGUCAGCUUGCUAUCGGUCUGCACAAUCUUCAUCAACGUCGCGUCAUUCACAGUGAUCUUCUCAGCCGCAACAUUCUACUAGAUGACUCGUCCAAUGUGGUAAUUGCUGACCUCGGUGCCUCGAGUAUCAUGCCCAUGGACACUGUCAUGGCAGAUGCAGUGGACGAAUAUAAUUGCUCCAUCUGGACUGAUCUUUGCCAGCUGGGCCUCGUGUUCUAUGAAAUUGUCACUGGGAGACACACCGGUAUCAGGCUUUACCAUAGCGGUGGCACUGAUGACUCGGUCGCCGUUUUCCCAUCCCGGGAUAAACUCCCUACGCUAGACAAGCGAAUCUGGGCCCGGGAUAUUAUCGAGACCUGCUGGAAGAAGGGUGGAUAUGGGGCUGUAGGAGCGGCGGGGAUUCUGGCGAAGCUGGAUAAAAUGCAAGGUCCUCGCCGACGUUGA